AUGUUCCUCCAUCACAGCAGCAAACAAUCGGACACGAAUAGCACGACCGAUUAUUCAAGUCCAGUAGUUCUGAUCGGGAAUGAAAAUAAUGGCAUUCAUCACGGUGAUGAUCGGGUCGGAAGGACGAGUGAUAUAGAAAUGAUUGAAAUGAAUGGACAACAUCAUAGGACAACAACGAAUGAACAUCCUCAUAAUAACAAUACCAAUAAUCAUCAUCAUCAUAAUAUUGUACAAAUUACAACAAAUUGUGAUGGACACGAUCAAACGGAUUAUGAUUCGGUUGAUGAAGAACUCAAAGGAAAUUCAGAAGAUCCUACAAAUAAUAUUAUUGCGAAUACAACUCUCAAACUCUAUCAGGCAUGGAUCGGAAAUAACACUCUCUGUUGUAAAGGGAGAAUUAUUAUUGGACCUGACCGAAAAUUAUUUAUUCUCACGUUAAUUUUAAUGUUUAUUCCUGCCAUUAUUUAUGCUCCUGUGAUUAUGCCACAUUAUUUACUUUUUGUACAUCCAGCCGCGGGUGUUAUUCUUUUAAUUGUGCCACUAAUUGGAUUUCUUCUAAUGCUGAUUGGGCUCUUUUAUACAAGUUUUACAGAUCCUGGAAUUAUUCCUCGAAGAAAAUAUAUCGAUCAGCAAUUUGCCAGGACUGGAGAGGAGAAAAUUGAUGACAGAAAACCAGAACCUCCUCAAUUUCAAAAGGUUCAUCUUGAGAACGGACAAAUUGUAGAAUUAAAAUAUUGUCCAUCCUGUGAAAUUUAUAGACCUCCUAGGACGUCACAUUGUAGAAGAUGUAACAAUUGUGUUGAGCGGUUUGAUCACCAUUGCCCAUGGACGGGAACAUGUAUUGGAAGAAGAAAUUAUAGAUCUUUCAUUUUAUUUAUUUUCAGCACGACCAUUACCUCUUGGCUGGUGAUAUUUAUCUGCAUUGCUCAUACAGUCUUAGUUUGGACUUACUAUUUUAAUAUUAACACCGAUACAAUUCCGGACAAGGUGGCAAACUCUGUUCGAUAUUCCAUUGGUGGACUCGUGUUGAUAGUUUAUAUUUUCCUUACCCAGUUGUUUGUGGGGUCCUUGAGCGUGUUUCAUGCAUACCUAAUUUCCACUGGCCAGACGACUUAUGAAUAUGUUAACAAAGCCAAGAAAAUGUACAGUCGAGGAUUUUUUAGGAAUUGGUUCUUCACUCUUUGUGUCAUCACCGAAUGCAGGAGAAGUAAAAUGAUGAUGCGACACUCGUUACCAAUUCCAAAACAUGUCACUGAAGAGGUUAAUAAUUAA